AUGGAUGAAAACGGUCCAUCCUACCGUCGAUUCCAAGCAGGUCUGGGUCGAUUUGUGCCGCGAGGACGCGACUGCUGUGCAGUACUGCAAGACCUUCCUGCAGAUCUGCGUCGAGUCUUCGGUCCACGAGCGUGUUCUUCUUGACGACGCCGACGGCAGGGAAGAGGUGAAGGAGCAGUCCAUAAAGUCCUGUCGGUCGCUCAACACGUUCUGGACAAAAGAUACGCAUAGUACGACAGCGGCUGUCACUUCACAACGACACACGGAUGCAACAUCAAGUAGCACCUAGACGUAAAGGGGGGUUACGGAAAUAAGUACUAUAACAGAUGGUAGAGGGGGAGAAACAUACCAAGCGAGCCAUUUACCAAGUCGAGACAUCCACCAACGUCGACAGCCAACCGAAGAAAUCACGUUACCGAAUCGAGAGCAAGAGACGAGACGAAGUCAAGGGAACAAGGCGACGCGCGCAGGAUGACUGAAGAACUAGAGUAUUCAAACGCCGAUCCAGUGGAACAAGCACGCAUCCAAGCGUCAACGACAAAAUCGAGAGAGAGACGAGAUGGGACGAGACGAGGGAGAAAAGACAGUGAGGAAAAG